CGAACGCGACCACACUCCCGCCCAUGGACUAUUACCGCGCGCCCUCCUUUUCCUCGCCCGGGGCCGACGACGAGGGUGCACCUCGCGUCACCUCGCGGCUCGUCCGCCUCCUCCCUCGUUCGCGAGCGACGCGAGAGAGGAUGCUCGACGCCGUCGAGCAGACCAUGAAGACCCAACCCUCCUUCCACUGGGCCCACUUUCGCCGGCGCGUGGACGCCCUGUUCGCUGCCUUCCCAGAAUCAUCUCCGUCCCCCUCUGGCUCUUCAUCCUCCUCACCUUCGGAGGAACCAAGAACGACGACCCUGGGUUUUUUCGCGUCGGUCGCGGCCGCGUUCGCGCUCGGCUCCCUGCUCGUCGAGCGCGGGGACGCGGCACCUGCCGGAGCUGGUUCCAACUCCACUUCGGCUCCGGCGACCGCCGCUAGCUCUGGAUGGACGUUCACGUCUUCUCCGCCUUCGACGGGCUCUUCCUCCGGCUACAGCUCGUUUGGGCAUUUCUCGAACGAUACCGAGUUGCCCUCGUACGGACUCGCGCUUGACGCGGACGACGUCGACAGGAAGGACGUGCUCAUGCGCUCCGCCGCCGAACCUGAGGAAUCCUGCCCGUCUGCGUCAGACUCGGCGGGAUCGCUCUACGCGCUCUCCGUGCACACGCUUUCGAUAGCAGAGCUCGCGCCCGGGCACGCAUACGACCUCGAUACCGUGUCAGGAAUGAUCCUUCAGAUCCUGUAUCUCCUCCACCGACCCGGCGGGCCCGGUCAGGGCCUCCCGAAUGCGCUCUUACCGCUCGUGGGCAAAUUGGUGAGCGUCGCGAGGACGAUGGGGCUCGCGAGCGAUCCAGACGAAUGGAAAGGCCGGUAUGGCGUGUUCGAGGCGGAGAUGCGACGCAGGGCGUGGUGGGACGUGUAUUAUUAUGACGUGUUCGUUUCGGAUGCGCUGGGGCAUCCGCCGCUUAUUGCGGACGACACACACACCACCAAGAUGCCUGCGGAUGUGGACGAGGCUGCGUUCGGUCCGCACUGCACCUCGCUUCCGAUCCCGCCACCGCUCCGUGCCGAGGAUGGCGACGCAUCCUCCGCGUUCUUCGGGCUCAAGUGCAAGGAAGCCCAGCUGGUCAAGGCGAUCAAGAAGCGCGUAUAUCGGGACGUGCUGGGCGACAAGGGCGAGAUGACGCUCGAAGAGGCCGCCACGAUCGAGGGCGAGGUUUUGCAGUGGACGAAGGAUCUCCCGCCUGCGUUCCGGCUGUCGCUCUCGGCUGCGACAGAUGCCACCAACCCCAUCCUUCUCGCUCAGCAAUGCGAACUGGCGAUCGUCGCCUCCUCAUUGAUCCUCAAGCUGUACCUUCCCUUCCUCAAGACGCGCUCGUCGGCACGCGCUCGCCCGAGGCCAGGCCAGGCGGUGCACGCCACGUUGAACGCGGCGCACGAGAUCAUCGGGGCGAGCAAGGCGUUGUACGGCGUCUGGCGGCAGACGCGGCCUGCGGCGUUUGGGUUCUACGACUUUGGAAAGAGCGUGUUCGGGGCGGCAGUCGUCUGUGCGCACGCGCUCAUACACGAGCCGAACGGGAUGCUGGCGCCCGCUGCUACGGAGGACGUGCGAGUAGCGCUCGAGAUCCUCAGGGAUCCGCUCGUGUCACCCCCCUCUAAGGCAGGCGAUGGCACCCACGCAAACGAGGCCGUGCGCGUCAUCGAGCUCAUGCUGAAGAAGGCGGAUGACGCGAAGACGGGCAUGGCCGUCGGGCUCACUUUCCAUCCAGGUGCGAAGCGGAAAAGGAGUGAGGCAGAGGACGUGCUCGGCGCGGGCUUCCAACUGCCAUACGUCGGGCCCGGGGCGAUGGUCCGCGCCGCUGAGCCAACGCCGGUAACGACGUCCGUCACGACCGUACCACCGUCCGCGACCGUCAGCCCGUCCACAUCGACAAACAGCGCGCAUUCCUCCUCCACCGGCACCAGCGUCAGCGCCACCACCGUUACUAUCCGCGAAGCGCCGCCAGUCCCGCAACCGACGCCCCAAGCGGCGGAUCAAGCUCGGCCCCUGCUCGUGCCUGCCGCUAGCGCCGUGUCGCGCCCAAGGACGGGCAGCGACGGGAAGACGCGUCCGCCGAUUGGCAUACGCGCGCGGGGGAAGGAGGGCACUGUCUACAGUCGCGCCCGCGACCAGCAAGCGCAACGACAGCAGUUGCAGUCGGACCACCCCGGGGCACCGCCGCCUAUCAUCGUUCCGAGCCAGCGACAACUCAGUUCGGCGUCGUUGCAGUCGACGCCCGCGCCCGAGUCCGCCACGGAGCGGACGAGGUCGCAGCACGGUGCCUUCCCGCCGCCUCCGCCGCACAACUCAUACGGCGGCUCGCUGGCGUCGUCCACCGCGUCGGCGCAGGCGACCCCGACGCUGAGCACGCUCGAGCUGCCGUUCGGCGAGGCGCACGUGCAGCGGCAGGCCGCUGGCGCGUACGCCCAGGAGAACGCAUCGUCGCGGGCCUCGUCCGUGUUCGACCUGCAGAGCACGUCCCGGUCGAUGCAGGCCGCACCCGCGUACGCUAUGAGCGUCGAUGCGCUUGGUCAAAGAAGCGCAUCCGAGUCCAGCUCUCCCUACGACAAUGGCCCGUCGGCGCCGCAACCGAGCCCACCGACCGCGUAUCCGCUGCGGCAGAGCCCACCGACGUACGGCGAUCGUCAGCCACAGCAGCCACAGCAACCACAGCCGGCGCCGCCUUCCGCCCCUCUUCAACAGGGAUACCCGUACAUGUCGAGCUACGCCCCGCAGGAGCGACAGCCGGACGCGAGCCAGUACAAGGACGGCUACCCUAUGAUGGGCCUCGGCAUGCCGCCCGAUCCUGCCGGGCCCGAGAUGCAACUCACACCGAGGGGCCUCGCGGGUUCGACCUACCCUGCACAACAUCAGCCACAGGAGACGGGCAUGUAUCCAUCGCCGCCCGAGUCUGCGCAGUUUGCGCGGCCCGGGGCGUACGACGACCCGCACGCGCCGCCACCACCAGCCACGACGUGGGGCGGAGGACACGACGGUUGGCAGCAGCAGCACGCGCCGAACGAAUACAAAUUCACGCAUGCGCAUCACAACAACGGGUGGUGAUUUUUUGUGAUUCUCCCCUGGAAACUCACUGGAACAAAAAGAAAAUGGAGUAUAACUCAUCCUGCAUUUACCGGACGGGCGGUUUGUUCUCCUUAUUAUCUUACGGACCUCCUUAUUAUUUAUUCAUCCAUUAGAUCUGUGGUAUCAUAUAUCUCCUCAUCUCCAUAUCUCCCCUUCCCCCUCUCCCACCAUUGUGUGUGCUUCUGGUUUUCUCUCCCCC